UAGCUUUACAGUUUACAUUUUCCAAAAACAUAGCAAUCCCUCGCAGAAAGUGAAGAGCAUUCGAAGUGUUCCUUCUUCUACCCUUCAAAAUCUUCACACAAUCACUAAAGCUUUUUGGUUCCCAAUUAAUGGCUUCCACGAGCGCACACACACUGUCUUCCUCUUCUAAGUGGAAUUCUGAAGUAUUCUUGAGCUUCAGAGGUGAAGACACCCGCAAGAACUUUGUAGACCACCUGUUCGCUGCUUUGUCUCAGAGAGGAAUCUACACCUUCAAAGACGACCAACAACUCAGAAGAGGGGAAGAUAUUUCCCCGGCGCUUCUGAAAGCAAUUGAAGAAUCGAGGUUCGCCCUCAUCGUCUUCUCCAGAAAUUAUGCUUCCUCCAAGUGGUGUUUGGAUGAACUUGUGAAAAUCAUUGAAUGCAAGAAAACUAUGGGGCAGACAGUGGUACCAGUGUUCUAUGAUGUGGAUCCUUCGGAAGUGCGGAAACAAACAGGGGGCUUUGGAUCAGCCUUUGAGAUUCAUGAGAAAGAUUUCAGUGGGAACAUGGAGAAAGUGUUGAGGUGGAAGACAGCUCUGGUGGAAGCAGCAAAUAUAAGCGGAUAUAGUGUUCGGGAUACAGCAAACGGGCAUGAGUCAAAAUGUAUUGUACAAAUAGUUGAAGAGAUUUUCAAUAAACUGAACCAUAGAUCUCCACUUGCUGCCCAAUAUCUGGUUGGAACAGAGUCUCGUGUGGAGAAAAUGAAAUCAUUGUUGUCUGAGGGUUGGAUGAGGUUCGUUUUAUAG